UAAAUGGGGCCAAAAGAAGAAAAAUAAACAGAGAAACAGAUGGAGGAAUUUUAAGACUACAGUAAAGAUAUUUUUUUCGUUGUGUGGGUGUUAGCUAGCAUCAGAAAAAAAUUGAUCUUUCUCGUCACUCUCAUAAUCUCAACUACACAUUUGUUGUUGUCCUCUUUCUUUCCUAACUUGUGUUAUGAAAUCAGAGAUCAGUUAAAAUCCAGUCAAUAAACAACAACAAUGGUAAAAGCUUUUACCUCCAAUACUAGUCUUCCGCCAUGUAAUUCCUCUGAGCCACCUCCAAUCCCAUGUCAUCCUCAAUUCCACCUGAAACCCAACACCCGCCGUCACCUUAUCACCUCACUUUCCAUUCUAAUAUCUCCAUUUUUCGCUUCUCCAAAGCUUAAUUAUGACCCACUUAGCCCAUUUUCUUUACCAGUAUCAAAUGCGCGUGGGCUUUUCCAAAUGCCACCUGUUCGCCUCACCAACCGGUAUUUUUUGGUGAGAGCAGGGGAGUCGGAAUAUGAGAGUUUGGGGAUAAUUAACACAAACCCAGUUGCCAAAACAUCUGUGGAUAAUGGGCUGUCUGAGAAAGGGAAGAAACAGACAGUGAGAGCGGCGUUUGAUUUGAAGGAAAUGAGAGCUUGUGAAGGAAGUUGUUGGAUUUGGCCUUCCAUUACUCAGAGAGCUUAUCAGGCUGCUGAGAUUAUCGCUGCUGUUAAUGGUAUCAAUCGAAGCCGUAUAGUCCCCGAAUAUAGCUUUCUGGAUGCUCGUGGAUUGGGGGCAUAUGAGGGGAAAAGCUUGGAUACAUUAUCUGAAGUGUAUGAAUCAGACAGCCUUUCUCCGAAUAUAAAGCCACCCCCUACUGAUGAUGGAACACCUAAUGAGAGUGUUUCGGAUGUCUUUGUUCGUGUAACACAAGUUAUGUCAGUUCUUGAAACCCAAUACUCUGAGGACACGGUCAUUAUUGUUUCACCAGAUUCUGACAACUUGACAAUUCUGCAAGCUGGUUUAACAGGGCUUGAUCUUCGAAGGCAUAGGGAUCUAUCUUUUGGACCAGGUGAAGUUAGAUAUGUUGAUGCUAGCAGUAUACCUACCUAUAAGCAACCUGAAUCAAAAGUUUAUAAAUGCUUAAAUCCCCCUAGCUGUACAUGACAUUAUAUUCCAAGUUUGGAUUUCGCCAACAACAAUGCAGGUGAAAUACGUGCGUUUUUACAACUAUAUAUUGUUGGCUUAGACAUCAUGUUUUAUAUAUACCGCUGAACAAAGUCUUGACAUUCUUCUUCUAAUGGUUUCAUUCUCUGAAUUCCAACUGAAGCUUUAGUUAAAAAGUUCUUUACAGGGCUGCAGCUAUAGUAAAUUUCUCCACUGGAACGUUUAGUCAGUGCUACAUGUAAAUGCGAGUUGAUUCACUGCAAUAUAAAUUACUAUCAUUUGUUAUCACAAAUGCUAAAUAUUUGACUUUCAACAGGAUCAUUUCUCAUCAUUGUUGGUGAAGAUGGGCUCAGGUAGCUGUAUGCAUUUCUUCAUUCUCAAAGUAUGCUGAUGUCUGGCCAGCACCUCCAAUGCUUUUCCCAUGUACAUGUCAUCAGUAGUUAGUCUUGGCAAAAAAUUUCUUUCUUUUCUGUUUGUGCGUAAUCAAGAACAGAAAAAAUUGAGAUAGAAUUAUGUACAUUAAUGGAUAUAUUAACUGAAUUUUUCUGUCUAAAUGUCACUCACGCUCAUCAUAAACUUUUAUAUUGGAAAUAUGUCGCUUGACCUACUGUUUCAGGCUUA